AUGGAGACAGCCUCCAAUUCUGAGAAAUUGACCACAGAAGGCUUCGAGAGAAGCCAACAGGGGCGCAUUACUGAUGGUACCUUUAUCGAUGACUCAGAAGAUGCUUGUCUCGACUAUUCUGGCGUAAGAAAGAGAUUGAGUCAAGAGGAAAUUGCGCUUGUCAAGAAGCUGGAUAGAUGGAUCAUGCCAACUCUUUGGGCUAUGUACUGGCUUAAUUAUCUCGAUCGAAAUGCCAUCGCACUCGCCCGGCUAGACAAUCUCGAGGAGGAUCUCGACCUCAAGGGCAACGAAUACAACACAUGCAUAUCUAUUCUCUUUGUCGGAUACUUAAUCGGACAGAUACCAUCCAACAUGUAUCUCACAAGAACUAAACCAUCAUACUACAUGUCGACAUUCAUGGCUCUGUGGGCCAUUGUUUCCGGCUUAACAGCUGUAGCAAAGGAUUUCAAGGGCCUCUUGCUAACACGCUUUUUCCUCGGAGUCUUGGAGGCCCCCUAUUACCCCGGUGCGUUAUACUUACUAUCAAUCUUCUAUACUCGAAAGGAGAUAGCAACUCGGAUUUGCAUUCUCUACUCUGGCAAUAUUUUAGCCACGGCUUUCGCAGGUUUAAUUGCUGCCGGUAUUUUUGAAGGAAUGGAUGGUCGUGCGGGUAUUAGGGGAUGGCAGUGGCUUUUCAUCUUACUCGGAAUUGCUACGUUUGUAGUCUCCCUUGGAUCAGCCUUUACACUCCCGGACGAUCCACUGAGCACCAGAUGGCUCACACCGAAAGAACGGGAACUAGCCGAUAGUCGCAUCGCUCGUGAAACCGUUGGCUGGCAAGCACAAACCACGACCUGGGCUGGUCUGAAAGAAGCGGCCAAGGACUACCGCAUGUGGAUAUUUGCCAUAAUGCAGCACUUGCAUCUUGGUGCCAAUGGAUUCAAGAACUUCUUCCCUACAGUGAUCCAGACCCUUGGGUUUAGUAGACUAAUAACACUAGUUCUGACAUGUCCACCGUAUCUGAUUGCUGGCCUGGUCUCUGUCUUCUGGGCGAUGAGCUCUGGGAGAUUCAACGAAAGAACCUGGCAUAUAACGGCAGCCAAGGCCAUUGCAGUGGUCGGUUUCGCAAUCGCAUGCGCUACCCUCAAUAUGGGGGCUCGAUAUGCGGGGAUGGUAAUUUUUACCACUGGCACCUAUGGGGUUAAUUCGAUCGUUUUAGGUUGGGUGGGUUCCACCUGUGGCCAAACGAAGGAGAAGAAAUCGGCAUCCCUCGCAAUAGUCAACACCAUUGCCAAUGUAGCUUCAAUAUGGACUCCUUAUCUUUGGCCCGAUUCAGACAAGCCACGUUACUUGAUCGCCAUGUCUUCCAGUAUUGGACUGUCGAUUGCAACGGUGGUCGCGGCAUGGUUUGUGCGCAGUAUUCUCAAGAGGAUGAAUCAGAAGAUCAAGCAUGAGAGCGAUGCGGCUGUCCUCAUAUAUGCUUAUUAA